AAUUGACGGGUUUGUUGUGGAGGAUCUGAGUGCGGGGAGAUCUACUGCUGCCUGGGGGUUGAGAAGAAGGCUGAACCGGACACACACACACACACAUAUCAAUCAUCACCGCGUAAUUAUCUCACCAAAUUUCGGCAAGCUAGUGACGUCAUUUUAUUAUUAUUAUUAUUGUUUUACAACUCUGAUAUAGUUGCGUGUUCAAUCGUUAAUUGUUGCACAGAGUGUGUGUGAGAGAGAGUGUGUGUGGGUGUGUGUGAGAGUGAGAGAGAGUGUGUGUGUGAGAGUGAGAGAGAGUGUGUGUGUGAGAGAGUGUGUGUGAGAGAGUGUGUGUGAGAGAGAGCGAGAACGCGCGUGUGUGGGAGAGUGAGAGAGUGUGUGUGUGUGUGUGAGAGAGAGAGUGUGUUUGUGUGUGUGUGUUGCACACAUUUCUGUAAGAUCUGGGAGGCAGGGUGGAGGUCAUAUCAGGGUUCUGUAGUAGGUUUGGAGACUUAUGCCGUUUAUUUCAGAGUGUAUUAGCGCUAGGAAGCUAGGGAAGACGUGUUUUUUACGUGGACACACACACAGGCUGAGGAGCGCGCGUGCAGCGUUUACGGAGACCGACGACACCGAGUCGUGUUGUGAUGUGAUGUCGUAAAGACUUGAACGAAACAGGAGAACUCGGAUGAAGCGAGCACAGCUUUACGGCUGAAGUAACGGUAACAUAGCUUGCUAGCUUGCUAGCUGGCUUAGCCGAGCUAGCUCUGUAUCUCCAGCCGCCUUCCCGAACACGACCCGCCGCUCGCGCACCAGGAACACCGGAAUCCCAACCGCAGUUCAUGUUCCGCCACGAAGUCGGCGUCCUGUCGUUCAUUCCGUCCUGUUCCUACCUGUUCCAGUACGAGAAGAGGAACAUGUCACGCUACAACAUCUACAGCCUGCUGGACUGGAUGUACGGCGGAGUGGACCCCCGGUUCGAGGGGAACGGAGGGCCCGAGUGCGCCGCCUUCCUGCCGCCCUGGCAGCGCGCGUGCGAGAGCCUGGUGUUCGUGCUGCUCUCCGUGGCCGAGGUGAUCGUGUCCGCGCGCAACAUCAACGUCUCGAGGGCGCACCGGGAGGCCGUGAGGGACACGCGCCGACACAAAGAGGACAGUCUGGGCAAGAACCUGCUGCUCGCCGCCCUCUGCAUCACGUUCGGGGUCGAGGUGGGCUUCAAGUUCGCCACCAAAACCGUCAUCUACCUGCUGAACCCCUGUCACGUGGUCACCAUGAUACAGAUCUUUCUGCUGGCGUGUCCACCCUGUAAAACAGCCAUGGUGGUUUUUAGGCUUCAGGUUCACAUGCUGAACGGCGCCCUGUUAGCUCUCCUCUUCCCCGUCGUCAACACAAGAUUACUUCCCUUUGAGAAGGAGAUCUACUACAUCCAGCACUCCAUGCUCUACCUGGUGCCCAUCUACCUGUUCAGAAAAGGAGGUGUGUACAAACCAGAGCCGCUAGGUGAUAUGUGGUGGGCGUUGUUAUCCACAGGCAUCCUCUUCCUCUACCAUUUUGUGUUCCUGCAGGGACUGGGAAUGGUGACCGAGGUGAAUCUGAACAACAUGCUGUGUCCGGCCGUGUCCGAUCCGUUUUACGGGCCGUGGUACCGCGUGUGGGCCACCGCCCACCAGACGGCGCUGACACUGUUACACGGCAAAGCGCUCACCGUGAUCUGCCAGCAGGCCACGCCCGCUCUGUGUCACCUGCUCCACUCGGCCCGCCUACGCUCCAAGAAAGUCGACUGAAACUCCGAGCACAACAGCUGCAAAAAUCCAAACUACGUUGUUUUAUAUAUUCUUCUUCUUGUUAUUAUUAUUAUUAUUAUUAUUAUUUCCUCUCCUAACUGGUGAUAACAAAAGGUCAAACUAGGCUUGUACGAUAUAACGAUUUAAUCGUCUCUACACGUAUUACACUGCCGCCAUAUCAGUGACGUUUACUCUCAUUAUUAUUAUUAUUAUUAUUAUUAUUAUAUAUUAUUAUUAUUAUUAUUAUUUUAUAUUAUUAUUAUAUAUUAUUAUAUUUCCAGACCUGAACAUUUUUUACACGUGUUGCAUAGUUUGAGUUUUCUCUCAAAAAUACUCCAGAAGAGCAGUCGUCUUUUUCUCUCCGAUUAAACGGGUGAUCUAACCGACACAUGAAUCUGGAAUGAGUCCCGCCCUACCCAGCCCCGCCCCGCCCCGCCCCCUUCCCUCCAUCUCACACCCUCACAUCUGGACUCGCUGCGCGCUCUCGCUUUCCGUCACCGUGAACGCGGAAGGUCUCGAGUUCAUUAAUGCGAGAUGAAGUCCGAGUGUGUGUUCGACUCGGCGGACGUUACACACGUGUACAGUUAACAUCAGUCACGGUUUUAUUUCAUUAGCGAUAAUUUAAAAAAAUCGCCUGUAGAUGGUUUUGGAAGAUUUGGAAAAUUCCAAAAAUGCUAACCUGAAGGGAAAUAUUCCUACAGCGAAGUGUUCGGGUUAACACAUUAUACACUGUUGUUGUUGUUGUUGUUGUUGUUGUUGUUGUUGUUUUUAAUCACGUGGAGCAGCAGAUGGACAGUGAACGUGUCGGCCAUGUUGUCAUUACUGCAAAUGUACUGUUCUGCUUUCUUUAACUAUAAAUCCUCCAGCAGCUGAGGUGUGGUGAUUGGCUCCGCCCAGUCAGCGGUUCCCGACCGCACAGCCGGAGAUAUCAUGACUCCUCCCCGCUCUCCGUACCCCUGACGCGGUGGACAUCCGGCUCGAUCGUCCUUAUUUUAAGGAUCUCGGUUCUGGAUGAUUAAAUUGUUUUUCACGAUUUUUAUUUUAUUAUCAUUUUUUUAAAUGGUAAAAAUCUACAUGCGGAAGCCCGGGUCCGAGUGUUGCUCAGCGUCUCGUGUCGCUGUAGGUCAGUGUUUUAUAGAAAAACAUGGAACCGGUUGGUCUGAGGACGUUACGGAGCUCAACCCUGUGCUUGUUUUUGAGGUUCUGCUCAUUUAGAGCAGACUCUUUAUCUUCAGUUGCCUUUUUAUUAUUAUUAUUAUUUUUUAUUUGUGACAGUUCUUGUACAGUCGUGUGGAGCCAGCGCUCCAUGUUUACUCAGACACGCCCCAAACCCGAACCGUGUGCUCGCUCUUUCACAUCUCCUCCCACCUCAUCUCACCUCCUCCCGUCUCCUCCCGUCUCACCUCCUCCCAUCUCAUCUCCUCCCAUCUCACCUCCUCCCAUCAUCUCAUCUCCUCCCACCUCAUCUCACCUCCUCCCAUCUCACCUCCCGUCUCCUCCCGUCUCCUCCCGUCUCACCUCCUCCUCGGUCUCCGGCGGCAUUUAGUCCGCAGCGUAGUUUAACGUGUCGUAAACAGCAUCCGCGUGUCGACGCUGUGUUCGUAUCGGUGUGUCGCGCUUUUUAACGCUUCCUGCUUUUCACCUCAGUGACUUUUAGCUCGUCUGUACAUCACUUUUGGAGCGACGGACGAGGACGAUGAAAUCCUCACUUCCGGACCGAACCAGACCGGAUUUUUCUCGACGUUUUAAUGUAAAAACGCCUCAUUUUUUCCUUUUUCUUUCCCCAGCCGCAAGCCUCAGAUGUCGUACUUCUCGAACAUCUCCAUUUAUUUUUUUGUUGUUUUUUUUCCUCAUAAAACUUCUCCAUAUUGCACCUUAACACGUUUAUAAAAGAGAAAACGUUGUCAUACCAUGUGCAGAGGAGGAGGAAGAUAAAUAGUUUUGGGUCAUUUCUCAGUUGUUGUUGUUUUUUUUAUAUUAUUAUUUUGUAUUAUUUGAGAGACUUCCUCCUGAGGAGCCGAGACCUGAACGUUUUGUCUUCAGGAAAAACCUGUCAGGAAAAUGAGGGAUGUACAGAUGUUGGUUAAUCAUCUGAAAAUGAAUCAUUCCGGUUUCAGUGUAUAGACAUCGAUGCGCCUGUCAAACACUCAAACUCUCUCACACACACACACACACACACACACUCCAGAAACAGGUUUGAUUUGAUCAGCUGGAUCUCAGCAGGGUUCUCCAGAUCCAGAUGGUGUUUCCUCCAGGGACUGGAAACAUCUGGAUCCGAGACGACGGACUGAAGGGGAUUUUGUGUGUUUGUUUUUUUUUAAUGUACAUAUUUUUGGUGAAGUAUGUACUGUAUUGUGGUAAUGAAAAAUAAAAGUCCUUCUCCGA